UUGUGGACUCAUCCUCACAUGCAAGACUUGGGCUGCCGUGGAGUUGGAAGCGACGUGUGGGAAAUAACCUGAAUGGAGCGUGAAAUCCCCCCGAUGGUGUUGCUGGAAUUUCUCCGAGCUGUCUGAAAGGAGUACCCUUGUCUAGCUGCAGCCGGCAAGAGCGCCGCGACCCCUCACACCCCCCCCCCCCAGCAGUGUUUUCAGGACCAUGCUGUCUCUGAGGGAGGACGACGCCUCGUUGUUCCGGAGAUGCCAACACUGAACCAUGGGAAAUGUAGAGAGCCAGAAUGGGGACCACGCUUUCUACGGAGGAGGUGAGGGCCAUCUGUCCCGCAAGCACAUGUCGCGGUCCCUCCGCAUCUCCAGCAAGCAGUCCCGGCGGUCGCGGCACGCGUCUUCGGGCAAGGCCGAGCACAGGAACUCCGAGACCAGCACGCGCUCCAGCAGCACCCCCAGCAUCCCCCAGUCCCUGGCCGAGAACGGGCUGGAGCCCUUCAACGAGGCCGGCAUCCUGGGGGACUUCGGCAGCCCCAUCUGGGUGGACAGCGUGGCCAUGAACCUGCGGCCUGUGUCCUUCCAUGACAACCUGGCUGGCGCCCCCGCGGACGCGGCGCUGACGCCGACCCCCGGGGCGCGGGAGGGGCCGGAGGAGACGCUUUACGCGGACGACGUCACGUACCUGCAGAGGAUGAGCGACGGGCCGCGGGAGGGCAGCAGCUUCAAGAAGAAGAGGUCCAAGUCUGCGGACAUGUGGCGUGAGGACAGCCUGGAGUUCUCCCUGUCCGACCUCAGCCAGGAGCACCUCACCAGCACCGAGGAGAUCAUCGACACGGCGGACGAGAAGGACUUUGCUGAGUGUGACGGGCAGCUGCAGUCCAGCCCGCAGGGGAUGGAGCCGCUGGACUCCGGAAACAGGGCCAACUCCCUGGACGAGCUCUGCAGCCAGAAGAGCCCUGCUCUCAGAGCGCCGCGCAACCGAUUUGCCAAGUACUGCCGCGAGGGUGACAGGGCCGCCGGCGAGGACCACGAUAACAUGCUGUCCCCAUCGGAGGACGACGGGAACGGGUAUGGCGCCUACACCCUGCCUUGCCGCCGCUCCCACUGCCUGUCAGAGGGUCUGCCGAGCCAGCAGGUGGCGCUGUGCCCGAGUAUGCAGGGCCGAAGGGCACAGACCACUCAUGAUGUGACAGAGGGCAGCGAGUAUGAGGACAGCGGUAUCGACGGGGUAGCAGCGGAGCCGGAGCACCAGUCGCGUCGCUGCAAGGCCAUGUCGGCCUCCUUCUCCGUGUACUCGGCGGCGGGCAGCAGCAUGUUCGCCGGCAGCGACAGCGGCAGCAGCAGCAACGGCUGCGGCGCCGGGACUGACGGGGCCGUGCAAGGGGUGUACGAGAACUUCCGGCAGGAGCUGGAGAUGAGCUCGUGCCCAGUGACAGAGUGCCAGGAGGAGGCGGGCUCGGCCGCCAGCGACGAGCGGAGUGGCGGUACGCUAGGCUCCGCCUAUCAGUCGGACCCGCUGCUCGGCGUGACGGCCCAGGGCACGGUGCGCAAGGCCGGCGAGCUCGCCGUCAAGAACUUCCUGGUGCACAAGAAGAACAAGAAGGUGGAGCCCGCCACGCGGCGCAAGUGGAAACGCUACUGGGUGUCUCUGAAAGGUUGUACCCUGUUUUUCUAUGAGACGGAUGGACGCUCUGGGAUUGACCACAACAGCAUCCCCAAGCAUGCAGUGUGGGCAGAGAACAGCAUCGUCCAGGCCGUCCCAGAACAUCCUAAGAAGGACUUUGUGUUCUGCCUCAGCAACUCCCUGGGGGACGCCUUCCUUUUCCAGACGUCCAGUCAGACGGAGCUCGAGAACUGGAUCACGGCGCUCCACUCGGCCUGCGCGGCAGCCGUUGCCCGCCAGCACCACCGCGAUGACACCGUGCGCCUGCUGCGCUCCGAGAUCAAGAAGCUGGAGCAGAAGAUGGACAUGGACGAGAAGAUGAAGAAGAUGGGUGAGAUGCAGCUCUCCUCCGUCACUGACGCCAAGAAGAGGAAGACCAUUCUGGAGCAGAUCUUCCUCUGGGAGCAGAAUCUGGAACAGUUUCACAUGGACUGGUUCCGGUUCCGCUGUUACCUGGCCAGCCUCCAGGGCGGUGAGCUGCCCAACCCCAAGCGUCUCCUGGCCUUCGCCUCCCGUCCCACCAAGCUGGCGAUGGGCCGCCUGGGCAUCUUCUCCGUGUCCUCCUUCCAUGCGCUGGUGGCGGCGCGUACGGAGAGCGGGGUCAGGCGGCGGACUCAGGCCAUGUCCAGGUCCUCCAGCAAGCGCAAGAGCAGGUUCUCUUCCCUCUGGGGUCUGGACACUACCUCAAAGAAGAAGACGAAAGACCGACCCAGCAUCAACCAGGUGUUUGCUGAUGGUGAGGAGCCGUUGAGGAAGUCCCUGGAAGGCAUGUUCGAGGACAGCUCCAGGGACAGUGUGAAGGAGAAGGAGGGGUCUGUGAAAAGCAUUCCGCACCACAAUGCAGACAGUGACAUCUGGGUUCCUGACUACCUCACGCCUUCCUGGGUCUGUCUGCCCAAUGACCAGCCGGUGCUGGCCAUUAUCCAGCCAGGGGAGACUGCACUUGACACCCUGGAGAGUGUCUGUAAGGCUCAUCAGCUUGAUCCCAGGAAGCACUACCUUCGCCUAAAAUUUCUAAAGGAGAACCAAGUGCAAUUCUACAUCCCCAGUCCAGAGGAGGAGGUGUGCGACUUGCUGUUCAAGGAGAUAGAAAUUUGCUCCAAAACAACAAAGCUCAUCCAGUUCGACCGAGAUGAAUCCUGCACCAUUGGUUAUGGUUUCUCAGUCACUGUGAUAGAGGAGGACAACAUUCAACAGCUACACAUCUCUCAUGUUAAGGAAGGGGGACUAGCCUUUGCCAAAGGUCUGCAGGCAGGGGAUGAGAUCCUGCAGCUCAACGGGAAGGACGCGGCCAGUCUGAAUGUCUCGGACAUGAGGGCGGCGUUCUCCCAGCCUUCCCUGUGCCUGACCGUCAGUGCAGCACCCGCCGUGGACCCACAGCGGCUGUGCCAGCUGCCCCCGCGCCGGCCCGAGGGGGAGGAAGACCUCUGCACCGACAUCUUCUCCCAGAGCCAGGAAGACAUCCUGGAUGACGGGACAGCGCAGGCACUGCAGAGCCCUGGGGACAGCGUGGACGACGAAGCUGAGAUCUUCAGUGAGACAGAGGAGGGCAGGAAGAGGGGCAGGCAGAGCAAGCGCUCGUGCGACUCCAUCUAUGACAUGCUGCAUCUGAGCACGGAGCAGGUGGCCUCCUUCUGCCGCAGUCUCCAUGACAUGAAUCCCUCGGAGAGCGCCUCCUCGCCCAGCCCGGACUCGCCUGGCCCGCCGCCGCCCACCACCCCACGCCAGCUCACCGACGCAGACAAGCUCCGCAAAGUCAUCAGCGAGCUCGUGGAGACGGAGAGGACCUAUGUCAAAGAUCUCAACUGCCUUAUUGAGAGGUACUUAACGCCCCUGCAGAAGGAGAGCUUCCUCACCCAGGAUGAGCUGGAUGUGCUGUUUGGGAACUUGCCGGAGAUGGUCGAAUUCCAGGUGGAAUUUCUCAAGACACUGGAGGAUGGAACACGACUGGUUCCAGAUUUGGAAACGCUUGAGAGAGUGGAUCAGUUUAAGAAAGUUCUUUUUUCUCUGGGAGGCUCCUUCCUCUACUACGCCGAUCGCUUCAAGAUCUACAGCGCUUUCUGUGCCAGCCACACUAAAGUCCCCAAGGUCCUUGUAAAAGCGAAGACAGACCCAGACUUCAAAGCCUUUUUGGACGUGCGGAACCCCAAACGGCAGCACUCGUCCACCCUGGAGUCGUACCUGAUCAAACCCAUCCAGAGAGUGCUGAAGUACCCCCUGUUACUGAGAGAGCUGCACUCACUGACCGACCCGGACAGCGAAGAGCACUACCACCUGGAUGUUGCCAUGAAGGCCAUGAACAAAGUCGCCAGCCACAUUAACGAGAUGCAGAAGAUCCACGAGGAGUACGGCGCAGUGUUUGACCAGCUCAUCGCAGAGCAAACAGGUGACAAGAAAGAGGUAGCUGACCUGUCCAUGGGUGAUCUGCUGCUGCACACCAGUGUUGCCUGGAUGAACCCACCCACCUCCCUGGGGAAGGGAAAAAAAGACCCAGAGCUGGCUGCCUUUGUCUUCAAAACAGCUGUUGUGUUUGUCUACAAAGACUGCUCCAAGCAAAAGAAGAAAAUAGGAGGAUCACACCGAGCCUCCAUGUCUGACGAAAGAGUCCCCUUCCGGUUCCGUCACAUGAUCUCCACAGAUGCCCUGCAAGUCCGUACCCUAGCAAGUGCAGACGCGGAAGGCUCAGCUAUGUGUGAGCUGGUUCACGUAAAGUCUGAGUCAGAGGGGCGGCCCGAGAGGACAUUCCACCUGUGCUGCAGUUCCCCAGAGAGUAAGAAGGACUUUCUGAAGACGGUGCACUCCAUCCUCCGGGACAAGCAGCGCAGACAGCUGAUGAAGACGGAGAGCCUGCCCCCAAAUCAGCAGUAUGUCCCAUUCGGAGGAAAGCGCCUGUGUGCCCUGAAAGGAUCCAGGCCCACCAUGAACAGAGCAGUCUCUGCCCCCUCUCGCACCCUGGGCCGGAGGAAGCUGGUACGCAACCGCAUUACCGUGGACACAGACAUCGUGUUCGACGGCGCCCCAAUCAGGGACGCACCCAGCCAGCCGGCUACGCCCCCGUCUCCGCCCCAGCCCCCACGGCAGCAGCCGGCCGGAGACACGGACCGCUGGGUGGAGGAGCAGUUUGACCUGGACCGCUACGAGGACCAGGAGAACGUCAAGGAGACAGACAUUCUCAGCGACGAUGAUGAGUACUGCGAGUCGGUGCGCGGCCCAUCGGCGGAGCCCAGCCUCGAGGCCCCAGUGCGAGCGCUGUCCCUGGAGAGAGAGGGGGGCAAGAAGCGGGCAGAGGAGGGGGGCGAGCGAGAGGCCCGGGGAGGCUCCCACGGCCUCAAACUGUCCCACCUGAGGAAGCAGUGCGCGGUGGAGGGCGCUGCUGACCGGGAGGUCAUCUGGGUGCGUCGGGAUGAUUUCGGCAGCGCCCACAACAGUGACAUCUUCUGAGACCUGUAGACGGCGAGAGCAGAAACACGGUGCCUCGUUCAGUAAGCUUUAAACGAGCUUCACGUGAAGACACAUUGGAGCUGGCAUCUUGUUUUCCAAGCCCCAGUCCCCACCCGUGACACAUUAGCAUCAAGCUUUUCUCUAAUGCCAAUGCAUCUGAAAAUAUGAAUUUACCUUACAAAGCAAAAGGGUUUGAA